UUUGAAGUUUGGGACGCACCUCUCGUAUAAGACACAGAAGCAUCGUCAUUGCGACUACAAAAGUUUCUAUAAAAAAAGGCCUCCCAUCGUCGCUUUACUCCGCUACCUUACAUAGGUGGUUGUUAGUUUCCAUCCGGCACUUGAUGGGGGAUGUGCUGCACUCUCAGCCCGGCGCUGCCGACGUGGCCGUCUGGCCCGGCGAGCUCGACGAGCAGCUCAUAACCGAGCUCCUCAGCGACGACAGCCUCCUCCUCGGAGCCCUGCAGCAGGCCCCCGCCGGCGACUCGGAGCACUGCUGCUCGAGUGACCCAGGCGGCGCGUCAUCUGCUCCCGCGCCGUGCAUCAGUGGCGACGGCGGCACCGCGACCGAGCAGGAGCUGCUGCUUCCGCAGCCGGAGGCGGUAAGCAGGGCCCUGUGCUCGGUGUACACCGGCCCGACGAUCCGCGACAUCGAGAAAGCGCUGUCAGCGUCCAAGCCGUACCCCUGGAGCAGGAGCCGCUACAGCCCAAUGCAUCUUGGCAGGUUGGGAGCGGUGAGCCGAGCGCCGGAGAAGUACACGACGAAGGUGAAGAGCUGUGACGGCAAGACGCCGAGCGACGGGUACAAGUGGAGGAAGUACGGGCAGAAGUCCAUCAAGAACAACCCCCAUCCCAGGAGCUACUACAAGUGCACGAGUUCCCGGUGCGGCGCGAAGAAGCAUGUGGAGAAAUCGCCGGACGACCCAGAGAUGCUGUCGGUCACGUACGAGGGUGCACACCUGCACGGCCCGCAGCCGCUCUUCCCGCGCCGGCGGCAGUGGCUGCCGGUCGGCAUGGGGGCGACGACGACGAAGCAACAGCAGCAGCAGGCCUGCAGUGCCUCCUCCCUGUCCCCAGCCGCGCUUGCGAGCGACGACGCGGGCGGCGGCUGGCCAUCGAGCUCGCAGCAAUUAGUCACAAGCAACGUCCAGGCGCGAGAGCCCACGGCUGCUGCUGCUGCGGGCGAAAGCGAAACGGUGCCGGGGCCUCAGACCGCCGGACACGCGGGUGACGCCGCGUCAACGCAGACGCACCUGCUGCUGCUGACCGCGGACUCGUGCGACGACGGCUCCACCGCCUCCAUGCCGCCGCCGCGGCUGGCUGCUGCGACAUUUCACUGUGACUCGCCGCCGGCGCCUACCACCUGGUCGUGCUCUGUGUUAGAAUCUAUACUGCCUAGGAUCGAUUCCUAAGUCCCUAUAAAACCAAUCCGUAACUGGAACUGGAAGUAUAAUCUUGAUGACGAGUAGUUCUGAUCUACUAAGAGGAAUAGAGGAAUACACACCUUUGUUGUUGCUAUCUUCAUACCGUCGCCCUGCAGAGAAGCAGCAGGCAUCGGGAUCCGUGCCGCCGUAGGUUGUUGCGUUUCCAAACACUCCGACGCCUAGGCGAUGGGGGCCUCUGAGGACUAGGGUUUUGGGGCGAGGUACUAGCGUUAGUCUUUCCUGCGACCCCUUAGUCCUAUAUAUAUAGCGUCGUGUGUCUGGGGGCUCCAACCGAGGUUAGCGUGGGCCCUCCCGAUCAAGGGCCCGAUUAAAGGAACGAUAGUUGGAUUAAGCCCAAUCCAGUCUCUAUUGACCGGCUGUAGAGGACACACCCAACAAUCUCCCCUUUGUUCUCUACAUUCCUUGUACUCAACUUUUCUGGAUUCCAUCCCUCGACAAGUUUACACAUAGAGACCAAUGCGUGACAAUAACCGAUUAAGUAUCAUCGCACUCAUUGACUACAACAUGCUCUCCUGCUUCAGAACGAAAAGAGACUUCAUUUGGUUGCAAUCUGUAGCCCCUUUGAUUCAAGAUCAUAGGUACUCCCUUAAACCCAUGCCGGCUGCGUGCUUACUAAACACGCUGGGUGGAAGACCUUUUGUGAGCGGAUCCGCUAGCAUCUGCUAUCUUCUGUUAUGCUCAUGUUUUAUGAUUUGAUCCUGAAUCUACUCCUUAACAACAUAAUACUAAAAGUCAAUGAACUUGGCAGCGCCACAUGACUUGCUGUUAUAGGAGUACGUUACCGCUGGCUCAUUAUCGCAGUAAAUUCUCAGUGGUCGCUCUAUGCUAUCAACCACUCUUAAUCCGGGUACAAAUUUCUUUAUCUUUAUUGCCUGCCCAUUUGCCUCAUGCAUGGUUACAAACUCAGUGUGCAUUGUCGACGAUGCUCUCGCUGUCUGUUUGCAACUUUUAUAAGAAAUAACUCCCCCAGAUAUAGUAAAUUUAUACCUCGAAAUAGGGAACUAGAUCUUAUGUUUGUUAGCAUGAGGCUAUUUUCGUACCUUGGAGGUACAUUAGAGCCUUCUUAACUGCUUAACAGUGUUCUAUGCUUGGGUUGAUCUGAUAUCUCCCAAACAUCCCGGUAGUAAAUUCUAAGUCAGGGCGAAUAUAUAUUUGAGCAUACAAAAUGCUUCUGAUAGUAGAAGCAUAUGGUACUGACUUUAUCUGAUCUUUCUGACACUGAAUCUGGGGACACUGAUGAUUCCCAAACUUAUCACCCUUGACUUUUGGCGCAGGCGCGGCCUUACACUGAUGCAUACUGUACUUCUUUAGUACUUUUCUAUGUAUGACUUCUGUGAGAGUUCUAAUACUUCAUUAUGUCUAUCUCUGUGAAAUUCUAUUUUAAAACAUAAGAGGCUUCUCCUAUGUCUUUUUAUAUCGAAGUUCGAGGAACAAAAACUUUCUGUUUCCGCCAGUAGAUCUUUAUCACUACUAGCUAAACAUAUGUCAUCGACAUACAGAACAAGGAAGAUAUACUUUAUUUUUUUCUUUAGAUUUUGCAUAAAUGCAAUUGUCUUCCUCGUUAUCCUCGAAACUAAACUUUCUGAUAGUCUGAUCAGACUUGACAUACCACUAUCUGGAGGAACGUUUUAAUCCAUAAAUGGACCUCCUUAAGUGACAUCUCUUGUUUUUCUUUUACUGCUCACAACAAAACCCUUUGGUUGUGUCAUGAACACGUUUUUCUGUUAACUCUCCAUUUAGUGAUGUUGUCAUUACAUCCAUCUGAUGGAGCUCUGGAUAAAAAAUGGUCAACUAGUGCCAUUAUGAUCCUGAAUGAAUCUUUUGUUGAGAUAGGUGAGAAGGUUUCAAGGUAGUCAAUGCCUUCUCACUAUGUGAACGCCUUGGCCACAUGUCCUUGUAUUUUUUUUCUGUAUUACCUUUGGAGCCACGCUUGGUCUUCUAGACCCACUAAUUUGCGCUUCUCAUAUCUGUUUCAUAUUUAGUGGGAUCACCUUCUGCAUCGAUGUUCUCACACAUAUAAAUCUCAUCGCUUUCUAUGUCUACACUCGUGUAAACUCCAUAAUCAUCAGGAAUCGCAGAUCGUCUAGACCUUUGAGACCUUCAUAAACUUGUUUCUAGUUCUGGUUCGUUAUGAGGCUCCUGCAUUCGUGCGUCACUUGGCACAACACUACCACUCUCAUGUGAGCUCUCCUAUGCAACCAACUCAGAAGAGCCAGACUGUGCAGAAGGUGAAUUGACUUACUCUGUGGUAGUUGCACUUGGUGAUGCAAUAUUUGCAGCAGGGGUUUCACCUCGAGUCGUUACAACUGUUGGUGGAACCACAGCGGGUAUCGAGAAGUAUGGUUCUUCAACCAUCGGAAUUGGGACAUACGUCCUCUUUUCCUGAAGGUCAACCUCUCUAAGUACCUUACUCCCCUUGAUCAUGUCAUUUUCUAGGAAACUGGCAUGUCUAGUUUCUAUAAACUUGGUUUGUCUGCCUGGACAGCAGAAUCUGUAACCCUUCGAUCUCUCAGGGUAGCCAAUAAAAUGGUAGCUAGUGGUUCUCUCAUCUAGCUUUUCCUGUCCAGGAUUAAAUAUUCGAGCUUCUGCUGGACAACCCCAUAUGUUGAAGUAGUUGAGCGUGAGCUUUCUGCCAGUCAACAACUCAUAUGGAGUUUUAGCCACUGAUUUACUAGGAACUUUGUUGAGUAUUUGCAUAGCGGUUUUUAAAGCCACCAUCCAUAAACCCAAUGGUAAGUUAGAGUAACUAAGCAUACUCAUUACCAUGUCCAUCAGUGUUCUUCUUAUGCCUUUAGGAAACCACAUUCUGUUGCGGUUCACCAGGUGUUGAAUACUGAGCUACAAUACUGUUUUCACUUAGGAACCUCGCGAAAGGAUCCUGGGACCUGUCCAUACUCAGUAUGGUGCCCACAUUACUCCCCCACACGAUUUGAUAUGACAAUCUUUGUGUUCAAAUCGUGUUGUUUUUCUACAUCAGCCUUGAACUAUUUAAACUUGUCUACAUCUUAUGAUCUGUCCCUUAAAAAAAGGUAAAUAUAAUCGCAGCGAGAGUAGUCAUCUGUGAAGGUUAUGAACAAGUCAAACCCAUCUACUGUCCUAACUGGAAAAUGACCUCAUAUAUCUAUAUGAAUAAUUUCUAACACUCUCGUACUGUGCAUGCAAUCUCUGCAUUGCUCUAAGUCUGUGAAGUCUAGGUGAUGGAGAAUCCGUCCCUUAACGAGACUUCUUUUCUCCCCCUCGAAAUAUGGCCCAAACGAUAGUACCAUAAUUUCGACGAGGUUUCUCCAUCACAUUGUUUUCUUACUCCUGCCAAUGUUGGCUGGUUUAUUUUCUGGCGUAUCUAGCACCACUGUGCGAAGAUAAAUAAAGCAUGUCUCGUCAGAUGACGAGACCAACAUCUUUAUUAUCAAAACUGAAUAACACAGUCUCUAUCACCGAAGUGAUGUUGGAUGUGCUGAUUGUCUAAUCACGAAACUGAAGUUAAGUGUCUGCUUGCUUUCCGUUAACCACUGUAACUGUUUUCAGCCCUCUGGGAGCCUUAGGUUUGUACGGAAUUACAUUCUGUAGCAUCUAUUGCAGGAAUUCUGAACACUUUCUAUUGUAUGCCCUGUCUUCUUGCAAUAGAGGCAGAUCUCAGGGGAUCUGAGAAACAGUCUGAUUAUUGCAUAUAGAAAACAUCGUGAUCAUGUUUGAUCUUAUUCUUGAACCUUUCUUAGAGGUCUUGUUCUGUUUGAGGAUUCUUAGUUUGGGAAGAUUGAUAGAAUCACUUAUUUGACUUAUCAACCUUUCCUCCUUCUAGACAAACUAUGUCACGAGUUGAUCUAUAUAGCACUUGUCCAUUUAGACAAGUGUUUUACUGAUCAUGAAAUGUCUCAUAUUCUGGAAUAGCACCCUCAAUAGGAUCCUGGAUGAGACUCUUAUUAUGAUCAAGUACAUUACACUUGGAUCUUUUUCAGUUGACCUUAUAGAUGUUGUACUGCGCCAUCUUAAGGUCAUCCUAAGGUGAGCCUACUGUAGGCUUAAUGGGUUUCUCAAAACACAGUGAGGAAUCUAUUUCAUCCACUGUAGUUAUCAUUUCAAUCUUUUCCCGCCAUAAGUGACAAUAAAUACCACAUAACGGUUUAAUCUACCUUAUCUGACCAACUAGUAGGCCAAUAUGUGCACUUUUGCAAAGUAAAACAGAAAAUAUUUAGGACGUCUGGAGUAAAUACUGAAACAUAGAACUUGCAUGAAUUAAAUAUUCGACGUUGGUCAAAUAAUAAUCAUGUCUGAUCUACAAAUUUUCUAGUUCUGAAAUUCUAAACCAUCGUUGGAUGAUCUAGAAAACUUAAUUCUUGUAUAAGAUGUGGCAACAAUAUUCGACGUUGGUCAAAAUAUUCAAUCACCACAAAAAAACUGAAUUUCUAUGCACUUAAAGAGAAUUAAUCCACGUAGGCUUCAUAAUAAACAAUAAUGCAUAGAAAAACAAAUAAUAACCUGGUUCUAAAAUUCUAAACCAUCGUUGGAUGAUCUAAAAAAAUAUAGAUAUUUCUGUUCAAAAUGUGGUAAUAAUAUCUAACGUUGGUUAGAAUAUUCAAUUACCGCAAAUUUUCUGAAUUCUAUGCAAUUCAAAAUAAUAAUUAAUCCACGUUGGUUUCAUAAUCCACUCAAAAAAUUGCAUAAAAUAAAGUACCAAAGUACGCAGCGGAAUAAAAAUAGUCCAUAAAUAUAUCUGAAAUUUUCUAUAACUGGAAAAAUAUUUCUAAGAUUUUUUCUGAAUUUUCUGCUCUAUUUUUCUAAUUUCUUUUCUCUAUUUCUAAUUUCUGGAAAUAGAAAACAAAUUCCAGGAAAAAUUGGAGGUCAUUUCGGCCUGGUCGGCCCAGCCUGGACGUGGCCUUUCGGCCUACUGGAUGAAGGGGCGCGCGCACUGGGCCGCAACCUGGGCCGAGGCCGCGUUUUUGGCCCACGCGGCCUCCCCCUCCCCUCCACUUGAUCUCAGCCAUCGGUGGCGAUCCGAUGGUCCAGAUCUACCCGUGUACUGUAGCAAGCUCUAUAAAUGCCGUGGGUUUCGGAGAGGCUGUAAACCCUAGUCAUUUUCUCAGCCGCCACAAAGACAGCCGCCUCCCUGGGAUUUUUUUUUCUUUUCUUCUUCCUGGCCGACCGCACCUCCCACUUCUAUUCCUGCCGGCCGCCAGGGAGAUUCUCUCUUUCUUUUCUUUAUCUCAAUGAUGUCUUGUCGUUGCAUUUGGUCACGAUGUGAUCCUCAGUAUGCUCUUUUCCUUCUUAUCCAGUGAGGAUUAGAGCAAGCCAGAGGCAGAUUCUUUUCACUUUCGUGGUUC